CUCUCCUCUACUUAAUUAGAACCUAGAAGUCCCUACUUCGCCGUUGUCCCCCCAUUUGCUCUUCAUGCCUCCCCUCAGUCGCCCAUCGCACACUCUGGGCUCUCCUCCCUCGUUCGAUGGCCGACACUUGUAUUGUGUGUUUAAACGACCUUGGCGCCGGCGCCUCCAGCCCUUCUCCCGUCCUCGUCCCAUCUCCGCCAAGACUCGAUAACCACGAUAAUGACGACGGCGAGGACAACACCCAACCAUCCACGCUUGCCUCCCUUCCCGCAGACCGGUCCUCCAGGCGCAUUGCCAGGCUGGUGCCUUGUCUGCACAUGUUCCACGACGACUGCCUGAAGCCGUGGGUUGAAAGGGCCAAUAGCUGUCCGGCCCUGCCGUCUCCGUUUACCCCGUGCAGGACAAAGUCCAAGAGGCCGAAUUGGACCCCUUCAUGAUCCUGGAGGAAGAGAUCACCGACGACUCGGAUACGCUGCCGUGUUCGAUUUGCGGCGAUAAUGAUAACGAAGAAGUGUUGCUGUUGUGUGAUGGCUGUGAUG